AUGAUGGACAAAAAGACCAGAGGGGAUCACGCACCCAUAGUGCCCCAGACCCAGACCCUCACCAAAGACUCUAAAAGGAACGUCGCCCGCGGUAUUUUCGAAUUGGGGCGCUUGCACACGAAGGAGGCAUGGUUGUGUUGGUAUCCUGCCGUGUGGGGAGCUUGUCUCUCAGCUGGCACCCAGAACAUCUCACUUGAUGUGUUCACAUUUGCAAGAAUUUUGUUGGGCAUCUUGACAAGCGUAACGGCAUCUCAUGCUGCGCUUUGCACUUUCAACGAUAUUUGCGACCGCAACUUUGAUAAGGAUGUUGAGCGGUGCAAAACACGGCCUCUUCCGGCAGGAAUGCUCACCACAAUGGAAGCUAUUCUUGCCUACAUUGCCUGGAUUCCAGCUACUGUCGCCAUAACUUACUUUACCCUUGGUGGAGUUGGCGUCAAAACAUUCACCCCAAUUUGGAUCCUCAGCAUGAUUUACCCAUUCGGGAAGCGAUAUAUCCAGUUCCCCCAGAUAGUUCUGGGAUGCGUUAUUGGAGGUGCCGUGUUCCCCGGGUGGGCCGUAAUCACUAACAGCUUGGACGGCCUGGAGGGUGCUGCUCCAUUAUUCGCGGCUGUGUUCUGCUGGGUUGUGUAUUUUGACGUUUUCUAUGCGACACAGGACCGCCCUGAUGACGAGAAGGUUGGUGUCAAAUCUUUAGCAGUCCUCCUCGGCGAUCGAGUACCUAUUUUCUUAGGAUUCCUCGGCCUCCUCCAAGUUGGCUUCUUCGCGAUGACAGCACUGAGAGCCAACAUGUCAUUUAUUUUCUGGGUUUUUGGCGUUGCCGUUUGGGCCGUCAACAUGCCUUGGCAUGUAUUAUCUCUCGAUGUCAAGGAUCGAAAAUCGGGCGGAAAGAUUUUCAAGGCCAACAUACUUCUCGGGCUCUAUAUGACAGGAGUCGCUUUGGUGGAAUUACUGGCCACGCGUGUCAAUCUCCUCAGUAUGGGGCAUAUUGGACAGCGCGCGGGCUUUGUGGUCUGA